UUGCCUUCAUUUAAAAUAAAAUAUUCAUAUAUCUUCUAAUAUUUAUCAUGGAGAUGAAGAAGAUCUUUCUCGUUGUUGUUCUGGCUGCCGCCACUAUCAGCAGCGUCUUGGCCGCUGAGACCCCAGCAGCUGCAGGUGAGGCGGCAACAACCGCUCCAUCUGCAGCACCAACGGAGGCCGCUGGUCCUGGGGCGGCAGCAUCAGGCCCAUCUGGGGCUGGGGGCGCAGCAGGCGAAGCCGCUAGUGGGGCGGCCCCAUUGCAGGUUUUUGGAUCUUUUGUUGGGGCGUCCCUCUUGCCGUUCUUCACUUACUAUUUGCAGUAUUAAUUAAUUAAACUCUGGGAAUAUGAAGAUGGAACAAAGAAUUAAAAUAUCCGUCGAAAUUGAAGGCAGGCACAGAAGAAAGAUGCACAGAUUUAGAUUAGAGAGCAAGUUUCUUUGAUUCAUUUGGGUUAUAUAUAUUCUUGUAUUUGUA